UUUGUGGCUUUCCCCUUGCUUUAUCAUCCUACAAACUAGACAUAUUAAGAUAAGAAUCAGAGUGGUGGACCAUAUCCUGGAAAACAAAAUUGAAGCCUUCUCCAAGAUUCUUCAUGGCUGCUCCAAAAAAAUUGCAUCUUCAACUAAUCCUUCUUCUCAGCAUCUGUUCUGUGUUAUCUUGGAAGCCAUGGCUGAGCUCUGCAAGUUCUGGGACUGUCUCCACUGAAGAAAAGGUCAAGCUAGAGCUCUACUAUGAGACCCUGUGCCCAUACUGCUCCAGAUUCAUAGCCAAAUAUUUGCCACAGCUCUUCGAUACUGGACUCAUAUCCAUCACAGACCUCAGCUUCAUCCCUUAUGGCAACGCCAAAAUCGGCCCCAACGCCACCAUAACCUGUCAGCAUGGUGAAUAUGAAUGCCUGUUGAACACUGUUGAGGCUUGUGCAAUCGACGCCUGGCCAGAUUUGAGCGAGCACUUCCCCUUUAUAUAUUGCGUCGAAAAUCUGGUCUACGAGGGGAAGUAUACAGCGUGGGAAACAUGUUUCGCGAAUCUGGGCAUGGAUCCAACCCCUGUCACUGAUUGCUCUGCCAGUGGGCGCGGCAAAGAGCUUGAGUUGCAGUAUGCAGCAGUGACAAAUGCCCUUGAACCUCCUCAUACAUAUGUGCCAUGGGUAGUCGUGGAUGGGCAACCGCUAUAUGAGGACUAUAUGAACUUCAUAAGCUAUAUCUGUAAAGCAUACAAAGGAAGUACCAAAAUCCCUGCUUGCAGUGAAUUGUCUGCCACUGUCAGCCAUUUGGGGAUAUUAAGGUUGUUGAAUCCAUUCUGGUAGUUAUGCAGAAAAGACAACUGGUUCAUGUAUGAGCCCAGCUGGAUACCAGGCUGCAAUGUAAGCAUUCACUCUCGUCUUUAAGCUUUACAUACUUUCUGUUCCUCGAUGUAAAACAACUAUAUAUACAUAAGUCAAAUAGUGCCAUUGAAUUACCACACUAGGUACAAAACCAUAUCUUGUACUUUGUAGUGUUGCUUUUCUUUCGAGGCUUAUACUCCAUUUACAAGGUUUCAACAUGAAAUCUUGAUUUCACA